GAAAUAUAGAGAUUGCAAAGGAUAGCAUGAUACAAGAUGCAGUUAAAUACGAUCUUGACACAAAUAAGAGCCUUCAAGAAAACAUAUAUGAAAUCCAAUAUACUUAUGAUAAUCUACCAACUUCAAAGAAAGAGGAAAUUUUUGAUAUGAAUUUUAUAGCUUUUGUGAUAUCUGAUUCGUAUGCUACUAGAUUGGUUGAUCAUCAACUUUAUAUAUCUACUAAGAUUUUUAGUAUGAUAUACCCCACAGAAUUUGUUGCGAAUGAGCUGAUUAGCUAUAUGAAUAAAGUAUUAAAAAUGAUUUUGCUAAUGAAUAAAACCGUGGAAAUUAUGCGUAAAGCCAAGGAAGAUGAUUCAGACCCAUUAGUUAAUUCAUCAAAAAAGUUCAAGUAUUUUUGUAAUCCUCGUAUCUUACCCCCCAUAUUCUCCAAAAGUACUACCAGAAAGUCAAGUGGCAGAAAGAAAAACACUAAGAAAAAUACUGCGAGAAAUAUUAAAAUUUUUAAUUAA